AUGGGUGAGAUAAAAGGAUCGGAAGAGAAAAGGCAUGAGUUAAGCGCAGUUAAUCUAAAUGCACACAAUAAGUUAGAUAUCAACACAAUCAACUCAUUAAAAUCAGAAGACAAUGAAAUAAGCGUUCAAUAUACUAAAGAUAGAUCAGAUUCACCCGUUGAAAGAGUCAAGUUCAUAGGGUUAGGUAGUAAUGACAGUAUAUGUUCAGAUGAAACAGAAGAUGAUAAACUGCCGCCUAUACCAGAUGGUGGUUGGGGAUGGGUAGUGGUAGUUGCAGCCUUUUUAGUAGCAGCUUGCGCUGAUGGCUUAGCCUUUUCAUUCGGCUUAUUACAUGAAGAAUUCACGUCGUACUUCGAAACUACACAGUCAAAGACUUCGUUGAUUGGUAGUCUGUUCAUUGCUACACCAUUACUGGCAGGACCCAUUAUGAGUGCUUUAGUAGACAGAUAUGGAUGCAGAGUAAUGACUAUGAUAGCUGGUGUUAUCUCCACUAUUGGAUUUUUAUUAGCAGCUCUCAGUAAUUCAAUUGGAAUGCUGUGUUUGACUUUUGGCUUCAUCAGUGGGUUAGCGAUGGGAAUUCUAUAUGUAACUUCUGUUGUAUCGGUUGCAUUUUGGUUCGAUAAAAGAAGAAACCUAGCUGUGUCUUUAGCGUCGUGUGGUAUUGGAUUCGGUACUUUAAUUUAUUCACCAAUGACUCAUUAUUUCUUAGAAAUUUACGACUGGAGGAAUACUAUUGUUUUAUUGGCUGGUACUUUAUUAAAUAUGUGUGUCUGUGGAGCCUUAAUGAAGGAUCCAGAGUGGUUAGAAAUUAAACAAAGGAGAUUAAAGAAGUCUAGAUCUAGACGUUCUUCAAGCGCAGGCUCAGUCUCAUCGAAAUCUAUUGGAGCUGAGUCAGCUUAUUUAGAUGCUGAAGAACUUAAAUCUUUACUAAAAAGUGGAAAGAAUCCUGAGUAUAUAUUGGCAACCCUAGCGACAAGUAUAGCGGAAGCGAAAGAAUUAGAAGCGACCACACAAUUAAAUGCGGAUAAAGCUUGCAAACGAAUGCAUUCAACUAUACACUUGCCCACAUUUGUACAACAAAACGAAAAGGUUCCACCUGAAGUAAUAGAAAAAUUAAUGACGAAUAAACGGCUCUACAAUAUAAUCUUACAAAAUUACCCAGACGUGUUGAUGCGCAGGCAUUCUGAGGUCAAUAUAAACGUCGACAAUAAAAAUAUAGAUGAGUCUGCAAAGUUACCAGUGGAAAUAAAAGUCAAAAAGCCUAAGGAUGAAAAAGAUGCAGAAGGUAAAAAACAUAGUCAAAAGGAUCUCCAUAAAACUCAUUCAAAUAAUUUACAUAACACUGAAUCAAAUAAAUCAAAUACCAAUGUGAACUCCACAAAAACGAAAGAGAAAUUAGUCUCAAAGAAUUCGAAGCCUGGUCUACCACCAACUAGUUGGUUGAGACAAAUUUCGUUGGAUCAUCAUUACUUGAGGGGUAUGCCAUUGUAUAGGAAUACACUGAUGCACCGUGGCGCUAUGUUGUCAAUACCCGCGAGGUACAAGCUGAGAGCCUCAUCCUUACCGGAUAUAUACAAGAAUUCGUCUUGGUCGCUGGAUUCAGAAUCAGAUGAUGAAAUGCUUUGGUACCACCGCCUAUGGCAGACCCUCAAAAGCACGUUCGACUUUAGAAUGUUCACCGAGUUCCACUUCUUGAUGUUCAACUUAUCGUCUCUGAUACUCUCUGUGUGGUUUAUUGUCCCCUAUUUCUUCCUCAAGUCUUACAUGACCGAUAUGAAUUUGGAUGGUGGCGAGAUGAUGAUUUGUAUUAUUGGGGUGGCCAGUAGUAUUGGAAUUGUAAGCCUUGGUUGGGCCGGUGAUCAGCCCUGGAUAAACGUGACGAAAACUUACGCAAUCUGCCUCAUCAUCUGUGGCCUGUCCGUGGCCGCUUAUCCCGUCUUCAUCACCAACUACUGGGCUCUUACAGUAGUGUCUGCUAUCUUUGGCUUAUCAUUUGCCAGUUCGUAUUCCUAUACGCCAGCAAUUCUGAUGGAUCUGAUGCCGAUGGACCAUUUUACUGUGGCGUAUGGUUUAAUUUUGCUUAGCCAGGGCAUUGGACAUUUGGUUGGACCACCUAUUGGAGGAAUGCUAUACGACCUGACAAAGUCAUGGGACCUGACAUUCUACAUGGGUGGUGCGUGGGUAAUCGUGUCAGGACUUUGUGUGGCGGUGAUCGCAUACACUAAAGACGUUCGAAUGUGUGGAACAGCACCUCUACUGAAGGACGCGGAGGAAGCGAAAAAGGAAAACGAAGUCGACGUGUAA